AUGGAGAUACUUCCGAUUCCGGCGGAUAGCUUCAAGGUUGGUUUCAUCGGAGCAGGAAAGAUGGCGGAGAGUAUAGCUAGAGGUGUGGUUGCCUCUGGUGUGCUUCCCCCGAAUCGCAUCUCCACCGCCGUACACUCGAAUCUCAAUCGACGAGAUGUCUUCGAAUCCUUCGGCGUCAAUGUCUUCUCCAGUAGCGAAGAUGUCGUCAAAGAGAGCGAUGUUGUGAUAUUCUCUGUGAAACCUCAAGUUGUUAAGAAAGCUGUCACGGAAUUGAGUUCGAAGCUCUCGAAGAAUAAGCUUCUGGUUUCUGUUGCAGCUGGAAUCAAAUUGAAAGAUUUACAGGAAUGGUCUGGCAAUGAUCGAUUUAUAAGGGUGAUGCCUAAUACACCAGCCGCAGUUGGUGAGGCAGCUACAGUUAUGAGCCUCGGAACAGCAGCGACGGAAGAGGAUGGAGCACUUGUUGCUAAGUUAUUUGGCUCAGUGGGGAAAAUAUUGAGAGCUGAUGAGAAAUUGUUUGAUGCUGUCACUGGCCUCAGUGGAAGUGGACCAGCAUACAUAUACUUAGCCAUUGAAGCACUAGCUGAUGGAGGAGUAGCUGCUGGUUUACCUCGAGAACUUGCAUUGGGUUUAGCUUCACAAACCGUUCUAGGAGCUGCAACGAUGGUGAGCAAAACAGGGAAGCAUCCAGGUGUGUUGAAAGAUGAUGUUACUUCCCCUGGCGGCACUACGAUCGCCGGAGUUCAUGAACUGGAGAAAGGCUCUUUCCGUGCAACACUAAUGAAUGCUGUUGUUGCUGCUGCUAACCGAAGCCGCGAGCUCUCACAGAGCUAA